AUGGGAGGUGGUCAGAAAAGCUACUCGCUUCAUCCUCACGAUUACAAGCUUCUAGAAGAGGUUGGAUAUGGAGCCAGUGCGGUUGUCUAUAGAGCGAUCUAUCUUCCUUCCAAUGAAGUCGUGGCGGUUAAGUGUUUGGAUCUCGAUCGCUGCAGUAGCAAUCUGCCUGCAUGGCUUUAUCAUGGAUUUUACCUCGGGGACCUAGAAGGCAUGCAACAUGGUUGCUUGGACCAGGAAUCCAUUCAGGACGAUAUUCGUAGGGAGGCUCAAACAAUGCGUUUGAUAGAUCAUCCUAAUGUAAUAAGGGCAUAUUGUUCAUUUGUUGUGGACCAAAACCUUUGGGUGGUUAUGCCAUUCAUGGCUGAAGGUUCUUGUCUACACCUAAUGAAGGUAGCAUACCCAGAAGGAUUUGAAGAGUCUGCUAUUGGUUCAAUCCUGAAAGAAACUCUUAAGGCUUUAGAGUAUCUACAUGGACAUGGACACAUCCAUCGUGAUGUUAAGGCUGGAAAUAUACUACUUGAUGGUGAUGGGCUGGUAAAGCUUGCUGACUUUGGUGUUUCAGCUUGCAUGUUUGACAGAGGUGAUAGACAAAGAUCAAGAAAUACUUUUGUUGGAACUCCAUGCUGGAUGGCACCAGAGGUGUUGCAGCCAGGAAGUGGAUAUGAUUUCAAGGCUGAUAUUUGGUCAUUUGGAAUAACUGCUCUGGAAUUGGCUCAUGGUCAUGCACCAUUUUCAAAAUACCCACCAAUGAAGGUUCUCCUAAUGACCCUACAGAAUGCCCCUCCUGGACUUGAUUAUGACCGUGAUAAAAGGUUCUCAAAGUCCUUCAAAGAAAUGGUUGCAAUGUGCUUGGUGAAGGAUCAAACAAAAAGGCCAACUGUAGAAAAAUUGUUGAAACAUUCUUUUUUCAAGCAUACUAAGCCUCCUGAGCUUUCUGUGAAGAAACUCUUUGCCGACUUGCCACCACUUUGGAAUCGUGUAAAAGAUCUCCAGCGUAAAGAUGCAGCACAACUAGCUCUGAAAAGAAUGCCUUCAGCUGAACAAGAAGCAAUAUCACAGAGUGAGUAUCAGCGUGGUGUUAGUGCCUGGAAUUUCAAUAUUGAGGACUUAAAAGCCCAAGCAUCACUGGUGCAAGAUGAUGAUGAAAUACAAGAAAUUAGAGAAGAAGAUGAAAGAAUGAAAUUAGUUGCCAAUCAUCAGGAUGCAUCAAAUUCCAAAUCUACACUUGGGAAAUCAAUUUUAACAAAUGAAAUUGUUUGCAGUGAACAAGUAAGUGCUGAAGAAGUACCCCCAGCUGAAUGCCUGAGAAAGAAGGGAAAGCUACUGGAAACUGAUCUGGUGGAGUCUGUCAAUCAAUGGAAAAUUGGUCAGGAGAAUAAUGGAUCCAAAACUGAGCUGCUACCAUCAACCUCAGAGAAGGAAGUGGUGCAGGCCAAGUGUAGAAUGCCAGCUGGGAAAAGCCGCCAAACUCUGAGCGGACCUCUCAUGCCUGGUAUCAUCCUCGGUCAUUCAACAUCAGAAAGGGGCCGCAACUUAGAAAGGUAUGAUACUGACAACCAACCACCGGCUGAAAAAAUUCACAAUGACAUACGACGAGCACCCAGCUUUAGUGGUCCUUUGAUGCUCCCAAACCGAGCUUCAGCAAACAGUUUAUCAGCUCCCAUAAAAUCAUCAGGAGGAUUCAGAGAUUCGCUGGAAGAUAAAAAGGCCAAUCUUGUACAAAUAAAAGGGCGCUUCUCAGUAACAUCAGAAAAUGUAGAUCUUGUAAAGGAUAUUCCAUUAUGUACAGUUCCUCGACGAUCUUCACAGGUGUCACCACUAAGGAAGUCUGCUAGUAUGGGAGACUGGGUUUUUGAAUCUAAACAAACGCCGAUCAGUCAGACACCUAAAGAAAGUGGUAACAGCAUUGCACCUGCAUCAGUUCUUAUGCCAUACCUUCAAAACCUUCUUAAGCAGACAUCUAUUCAACAGGAUCUCAUUGUGAAUUUGUUGAAUUGCUUGCAACCGGCUGAUGUAAUAGAUGCUUCUCAAAAUGGAAGGUUACCUCCAUUGUCUCGUAGUUCAGAGAAUAAUGGAACUGUAGAAUCAAUGGUUUCCGAAAGGGAACGUCUGCUGCUUAUCAAGAUUUCUGAGCUUCAAGCUAGGAUGAUUAACUUGACUGAUGAAUUGAAUGCUGAAAAAUUAAAGCACAUACAAAUGCAACAUCAGUUAAAUGCUGCGGCUGGUCAAGAAGAUGUAGACAGAAGAGAAGGGGAUGCUUGAAUAUGUACAAUACAUCCUGACUGUAAGUGAAGCCACCAUGUAUAUUGAGAGAGAAAGGAGCUCCUCCUCAUUGCAGAGUCAUGUAGCGAUCCUCUAAUUGGCUGCUAAUUUGUUGUCUCAGUCACAAUAGAUUUGGUGCAGAGAGAAAGGAGCUCCUCCCCAUUGCAGAGCCAUGUAGCCUUCCCCUAAUUGGCUACCACUUUGUUGAUUCGGUCACCAUGAGAAAGAAAGAAAGUUUUGGGGGUGUUUCAUUUGUUCUAUAUAUCUCUUAUCUAUGAUGUUUAAAGUGUAAACAUAUAUUAAAUUUACCCUUUUGUCAAUAGAUGUUUAGUAUGAGGCAAGGAGUUUAUGUUUUUUUGCAAUAAGUCUAUUUACUCGCGGGGUGUGGGUGGAGCAUGCAUUUGGAUAUCUGGUAAUCCUGAAUUGCAUCAUCUGCCUCUGGAUCUUGACUUUUUACUCACCCAAUCGUAACGUUCAUGCAUUAUAUGUAUACCAAUUUCAG